CAUUUUUUUGCAAUGUAGAAUUGGCAGUGUCUUUCUUAGGGGAUUUUGGUGUUCCGAUUGCGCAUGUUGAACCAGGACCUUACAGUGUUGAAUACGGUCAAGAUAUCACCUUGAUGUGUAACAUCACGUCUAACCCAUCUCACUACAACGUUUACUGGACACGCGAUCUUAAUGGCAUAAAACGAACUUCGUACUAUGGAGGAAACAUAACGUUUUCUCCUGUUUUAAAAUUUAUGUCUCGUGUUACUUUCGAAGAAUCUGGGCAAUACAUAUGCCAUGCUCAAAAUGAGAAUGGAGUUGGAAAAAGUAAUCCUGUGAAUGUUACCGUUUUUGGAGGUGUUCCAAAGGUUACAAUUCCCACAUUGCAAUAUAGCAAAGGGUAUUAUGAACACAUGACUCUAGAAUGUCUCAUCGUUUCUACUCCAAAUCAUACCGAUAUAUACUGGCAACACAUGUAUAAUGGCACACUAAGAAAUAUUACAUCUUUUAGUCAUUAUGAUAAAUACAUGGCUACGUUGACUAAACCGUCAUUGGACAUCCGUCGGAUAACGAAAUAUGAUGCAGGACAAUACACAUGCUUUGCUGUUAAUAUUUUAGGAACUGGAAAGAGCGAACCGACCACUCUGACAGUAUUAGGCGGAGAGAUAUUAUUCGAGACUAAUUUAACUGAUCAAACAAAAGUGUAUGGUUCGGAAGUUACAUUUUGGUGCAGCGUAGAAUAUGAAAUACGAUAUGGUUUCAGGGUUACCUGGAAUAAAUACACAGCUGAUGAUUCUUACAUUGUAAGUCCCAAAUAUUAUGAAAAUGGAAAAGUUACCUUAAGGAAUUAUUCACGUCAUAUUCCCGAAAAAGACGGUUUCAUCUUGGAAUAUCAUUUUCUGACAAUAAAAUCGCUUUCCUUCAACGAUAGUGCUCGGUACCGGUGCUUUGGUACUAAUGAAUUCUCUACUGAAGGUGUUCGAUCAAUUAAUCUGAGAAUUAUUGGAGAUAUUCCACUUGUGCAUGUUGAACCUGGACCAUACAAUGUCGUAUACGGUGGUAAUAUAACUCUUCAGUGUAACAUCACGUCUGCUCCUAUACACUUCAAUGUAUACUGGAAAAAAGAAUCGCAUGGUAUUAUUUCAACUUGGUAUUAUAGAGAAGUACAGUCUGAGUCUUUUUCAAUACUGUACCUUCAACGAGUAUCUCAAGACGACACAGGACUGUACAUCUGUUAUGUCGAAAAUGUUCUUGGAAUUGGACAAAGCAAAGCAGUGAAUGUAACUGUAUAUGGUGAACCGAGGUACAUGCCUCCUAUUGUAAAUAUUGAAUCAAACCGGUAUAUCGUGACAUAUGGAAGUUCUCUUACCAUGACAUGUUCAGUCCAUACAUCAGAACAGAAUCCCGUCACAGAUAUAUAUUGGAAGUACAAUAAUAAUGGAGUUAUAACAAAAAUUUCAGAAGAUACCGAAGGGGUAACUGGAAGUUCCAUCAAAGUACCAUCGCUCACUAUUUCAAAUAUAACAACAUCCGAAUUUGGAAUUUUCACUUGUUUUGCUACAAAUGACAUUGGAACCGGACAUAGCAGACCAAUACAUGUUACUAUCAUAGGAGAUGUGCCGAUUGUUUAUGUUAAAGAUACUAGGUAUUCAAUAAAGUACGGUGAAAACGUAACAAUUUUCUGCAAUAUAACAUCUAAUCCACCUAUCAAAAAUGUUUACUGGGAGAGAGAAUUUAAUGGUACGAAAAAAGUGAUUAAUAGUUGGACAGCUGGAGUGCAGGGAGUUUCAUUUGAUGCACCAUCGCUGACUAUAGUAAAAACCACUACAUCAGAUAACGGAUCUUACAGAUGUAUAGCUUCAAAUGAUGUCGGAACAGGAUACAGUGAAGCCACAAAUUUAGAAGUCAUCGGUGAGCUGCCAUAUAUUAGUAUCACAACGGAUUUGCCACAAGUGAAGUAUGGUGAAAAAGUACACAUAUUAUGUGCUGUGAACGCUAUACCACCUGCAACCAAAAUUUACUGGGAAGUAGAAUUUAAUGGUAUCAAAAAAGUUAUAGAUAAUGGGACCAGUGGAACCGAAGGCAUUACUGUUGCAAAUCCAUCACUAAUAUUGAUCCACGCAACAGAUUCGGAUGCCGGACUUUACAAAUGCUUUGCAGUCAAUGAAUUUGGAAUGGGCUAUAGUUCAGCAAUUGAACUCAAUGUUAUAGGAGGUCUUCCUGAAGUUGAUGUUCCAUCUAUAACGCACCUUACAGGCAUUGGUUAUACAAUAACUCUUACUUGUUCUAUUAAAAAUGGCUUUCCGGCAAUUUCAAGGGUGUACUGGGAAAGAUAUAUACAUGGCUCAAUAACAAGACUUUCAUCUGCUUCGAUCGGAAUCAUGGGAGUCACCAUUGACAAUCCAUCGCUUAUCAUUCCAUUGGCAAUGGAAUCGAUGACUGGCGAAUAUACAUGUUUGGCAGUUAAUUCUGUCGGUACAGGUAGAAGCUUUCCAGCAAAAUUGACAGUUAAGGCAGGUGUUACACCAGAUACUAAAUCUGAGGAUAACGAAGACUACAAUGAUCAAAAGAGGAAAAAAUACAGAACUACGACAAAUGACAGUAGAAGUAUGCAUGGCACAAGUCCCAAGAACACUGCAAAAUAUGGAAAUGGAUCCAAAAAGGUGAUAAGUAGUUGUUAGCAGCAUUCAUGAAACCAUGGGACUCAACGAAACCAUGUAUUGGCUGACAAUGAAUAAUCUAUGUUGGUGUAAUUUAAUUCGAUUUGAAGUUCUUAAAACGAUGCAUGUAACAUUACUCGUUUGUUUCAUUUAUUAAACUUAUACUGAAUUCUGAUUUAAUUUAUAUCUAACAGAGUAGAAUUUUACAUUUUAAAACAUCACCUAACAGUUAGUUCUGAUAUGCAUAUUGUAGAAACCGUAUACAUAAAUGUAGAGUACUUGAAAAAUGAGUGUUUUGAGUGGUUUUAUCGUAUUCCUAUAUCUCAUCUUUCGGUGAUGUUGAUAAAUCAUCAAAAAUACUUUAACUUUUGUAUGUAUAUGUACUUAAUUAUUUUUUAGUUUAUUUUAGUAGUUCAUUGGUAGAUAUAAAUAAACACCUACACACUC